AUGGCCAUCGACACGUACGGUUUCAAGGCGCCGCGCUUCCGCAAGUUCCUUAACCAGCUCGCCAAUCACGGUGCGAGAGGUACUGUCCCCGCCGGCGACGCCGCCUCCGAGGCCGCGGCCGAGGCCACGCUCUCCGCCAUCGCGAGGAGCAAAAGCUACUGGAAACGACACAUCAUGGGCCACAUCUCCGUCGCGCUCGUAUCCGACAUCGGGAACCGCACCGCCUGCGCGCCCAUCUCGUACGCUCUCACAACCGCACGUGACUCUGAAAACUCAGUUGUGGGAUUUAGUUGCGCCAAAAUCGGGUGGAAAAUCGGGUCACCCCAACCUAUUUUGCCAUACGAUUUUAGACCCGAUUUUGCAACUAAACCCCGUUUCGAAAUUCGGGUCUAA